ACGCUUCCUUCUUGCGACCUGGAGCUUUCACACACAAUGCUGUAGUCAAGAACUUCCCCCCUUCGGCUUCGAGAAUCACUCGCACACACUACUCGUGCUUCAGCUUCUUCGUCGUCUCACCGCCUCUCCUGGUGUGGAGUUAAGGCGAUUGAGCCCGCUUCUUGGGGUCGGUUGGCAUUUCUUUCCAGGAGAGUGAGGAGCUUGAGGCGAUACGGGGACCCAUGUGGGAAUGUGGGUUUGCGAUGAGCGAGGUGUGCGUUUUUGUGGACUGUGAUAGCUGGCGAUGAGAGUUGUGAAGGUGUGACGCGUUGCGGGAAUUUGGAGCGUUUGAGUCCUGAAGCCAUGACGUCGCCGGGGUCGUCUCUUUCCAUACCCGGAGCCAGAUCGUUCCGUAACUACAGCAUUCCACGGGGGUCAAGCCCCAAGCUGGAGAGGUCGAGUUCCCCAGCCUCAUCCGGACAUACGCGACGGACUUCAAGUGGGCGCUAUCUGUCGCUGUCCCGCGACGAGAGCGAAAUGGGGGGAGAGGUAAGCUCGGAAUUUGCCUACACGGUACAAAUCCCCGCCACUCCCGACUUCCAGAGCAUGUCGGGAAGCAUGUCCGGCACAACUCCUUCCGUGAGGCCCAUGGACCCUGCUAUGGCUGGAAAAGCCGAGCAACAAUUUGUCUCCAGUACAAUCUUCACAGGCGGCUUUAACAGCGUUACUAGGGGUCAUGUGAUGGAGAAGAUGAUGGAGCUUGAAGCUCAUCACCCCCAGUUGGCGUGCGCCAGGGGAAUGUCAUGUUCUGUACAUGGCUGCGAUGGCAAAUCUCUCCGUGACGAACGCGGCGAGGAGAUGCUCCCCUGCGAGUGUGGUUUUCGUAUCUGCCGCGACUGCUAUCUGGAUGCUCUAGCGUCCCCUUCCCCCAAAUGCCCCGGCUGCAAGGACGAUUACAAAACCUGUGAUGAAUCGUCCCGCCCCACAAUCUUUCGCUCCUUAACUACCUCCUUGAGCAUGAAUCCCACUCGAAUGGAGAGACGAUUAUCCCUUUUGAAAACCAACAAUCCCGGUGGUCUUCUAAUGCACCAAAACUCCAAUGGCGACUUCGAUACCUCCAGAUGGCUGUACGAGACAAAGGGCACAUAUGGAUAUGGCAAUGCGGUCUGGCCUAAAGAUAAUGGCUACUCUAAGAAUGGCAAUUCUGGAAUGGGAGCGGCACCAGCCACCUUUGUUGACAAAUCCAAGAAGCCCCUCACUAGAAAAAUAUCCAUCUCUCCUGGAAUCCUCAGCCCGUACAGGCUUCUCGUGUUGAUUCGGAUGGUUGUGUUGGGCUUGUUUUUAACAUGGCGCGUGAAGCACAAUAAUCCCGACGCAAUGUGGCUAUGGGGAAUGUCAAUCGUGUGCGAGAUUUGGUUCGCGUUUUCCUGGAUUCUCGACCAGCUGCCAAAAUUGUGCCCCAUUAACAGGAUGACGGACCUCCAAGUUCUUAAGGAAAAGUUCGAGCUUUCAUCACCUGAGAAUCCAGACGGUCGUUCUGAUCUCCCCGGAGUAGACGUGUUCGUUUCUUCAGCCGACCCGGAGAAAGAGCCUCCGCUCACAACCGGGAACACCAUCCUUUCAAUUCUCGCUGCUGAUUACCCUCUCGAAAAGCUCUCCUGCUACUUGUCUGAUGAUGGCGGUUCAUUGCUGUCAUUUGAAGCUCUAGCCGAAGCUGCGAGUUUCUCUCGAAUCUGGGUCCCGUUUUGCCGCAAACACAAUAUCGAGCCUCGUAACCCAGAGACAUAUUUCCUCUUGAAAGGAGACCCUACAAAGAAUAAGUUGCGCCCCGACUUCGUGAAAGACCGCCGGCGAGUUAAACGGGAGUACGAUGAAUUCAAGGUGCGCAUCAACGGCCUCCCGGAUGCCAUUCGAAGGCGAUCAGAUGCUUACAAUGCACAUGAGGAGCUUCGUGCCAAACGAGUUCAGAUCGAAUCCGGGGGUGAUCCUUCGGAGCCGCUGAAAGUGCUGAAAGCCACCUGGAUGGCCGAUGGCACACACUGGCCUGGUACGUGGUCACAUUCUGGAGCUGAACACGGGCGUGGUGAUCAUGCGGGCAUUAUCCAGGUGAUGCUAGCCCCACCUACCUAUGAGCCGCUACUGGGAAGCGCCGACGAGGAGAACAUUAUCGAUACUACAGACGUCGAUAUCCGCCUCCCCAUGUUGGUAUAUGUCUCUCGAGAAAAGCGUCCCGGAUACGAUCACAAUAAGAAAGCCGGCGCUAUGAAUGCUCUCGUACGAACAAGCGCCAUCAUGUCCAACGGGCCAUUUAUCCUGAAUCUCGACUGCGAUCAUUAUAUUUACAACUCUCUUGCGUUGCGAGAGGCUAUGUGCUUCUUCAUGGACAGAGGCGGCGACCGCUUGUGUUACGUUCAGUUCCCCCAGCGGUUCGAAGGCGUUGAUCCGAAUGACAGGUAUGCCAAUCACAAUACAGUCUUCUUCGACGUCAAUAUGAGGGCGCUGGAUGGGCUCCAAGGGCCCGUGUACGUUGGCACGGGAUGCGUGUUUCGGCGCAUUGCGCUCUACGGAUUUGAUCCACCCAGGUACAAAACACGUCCAGGAUGUUGGGAAACGCUCUCUUGCUUCAAGAAGAAGAAGCAUGCUUUGAAACGGGAGGUAGAGGUACAGACCUUGAAUGGCAUUAGUGAUGACGAGGACGACGCCAUCGAGACCUUGAUGUUGCCGAAGAGGUACGGGGACUCGGCAACUUUUGCUGCGUCAAUCCCAAUUGCCCAGUUCCAAGGGCGACCUCUUCAAGACCAUGGGGUACAAAAUGGUCGGCCAGCGGGUGCCUUGACGCUUCCGCGUGAACCCCUGGACGCAACUACAGUCGCUGAGGCCAUCAAUGUCAUUUCAUGUUUCUACGAAGAUAAGACGGAGUGGGGAGGGCGUGUCGGGUGGAUUUAUGGGUCUGUGACAGAGGAUGUCGUGACUGGGUUUCGAAUGCACAACCGUGGCUGGCGUUCGAUAUACUGCGUCACGAAGCGUGAUGCCUUUCGUGGAACUGCUCCCAUCAACUUGACUGAUCGAUUGCACCAGGUAUUGCGGUGGGCGACAGGGUCUGUCGAGAUCUUCUUCUCACGCAACAAUGCGCUCCUGGCAAGCCCGCGGCUGAAAUUCUUGCAACGGAUUGCGUAUCUGAACGUUGGUAUCUAUCCAUUCACGUCCAUAUUUCUGGUCGUGUACUGCUUCCUCCCAGCCCUGUCCCUCUUCUCCGGCCAAUUCAUCGUGUACCAGCUCAACAUCACCUUCCUCGUCUACCUCCUCACCAUCACCGUUACCUUAUGCCUUCUCGCCAUUCUAGAAGUUAAGUGGUCGGGAAUCACCCUAGAGGAAUGGUGGCGCAACGAGCAAUUCUGGGUGAUUGGUGGCACCAGUGCCCAUUUAGCAGCUGUGUUCCAAGGUUUCCUGAAGGUCAUUGCCGGUGUCGAUAUCUCUUUCACGCUCACCUCAAAGUCUGGGGGGGACGAGGAAGGGGAUGAGUUCGCAGACUUAUACGUGGUGAAGUGGAGCGCUCUUAUGAUUCCCCCCAUCACCAUCAUGAUCACCAAUGCUGUGGCCAUAGCAGUGGGAACCUCUCGACAGAUCUACAGCACCAUCCCAGAGUGGAGCAAGCUCAUUGGGGGCGUCUUCUUCUCUCUGUGGGUGCUGUCUCAUCUCUACCCCUUUGCCAAAGGACUCAUGGGUCGCCGCGGUCGCACUCCGACCAUUGUUUACGUCUGGUCAGGACUCCUCUCCGUCAUCAUCUCCCUUAUGUGGGUCUAUAUCAGCCCUCCUCAAGGUUCCGCUGCUGCUGGUGGGGGCGGGUUUACUUUCCCUUGAGGUAGUAUUCUUCAGAUCAUGACUUACAAGCAUGUGUUCUCACGGAUAUCAAACAUCGACUGUGUCCAUCCUCGAUCCCACAGCGCACAUAGAGUAGCUUUCUUCAGCCACGACUCUCUUUGGCUGCUCUGCAACGAAAUCAAUAGUUGCGGAUUUGUACUUCGAGUGAUCAACAGACAUCGUCUUUUUUCAAUGAGACUACAUUGAAGAGUGUCUGUAAUUUAGGGUAUAGAAUAUUUAUAUGUAAUCUCACCCUGAACGCUGCAAUCUAUGGUGUCAAUUUAUCGUGUGUAUAGAGAAGAAAAAGAAAUGUAAGGUUAGAGAGCGCACAGUGUAGUUAACAGGAGUCAGGUGAGACCAGAAGCAUUUACAUGAUUAAGGACGGAGGGAUCAGUGUAAGCUGCUGUCUGAAGGGGUUGAUGCGAUCCUCAUGCAUCGAUCAACGCUACAUCUUCUGCGAUAAUUUAUUGAUUCUUUGGCGUCGAAGUUUA